AUGGCCGGCCUGGGGCGGCCGGGCCCGGGGCCCCGCGCCGGGAUGCCCGCCUGGAAGCGGGAGAUCCUGGAGCGGAAGCGGGCCAAGCUGGCGGCCCUGAGCGGGGGCUCGGCGCCGGGGCCCGCGGCGGACGCGGCGGGACCCGCGGAGCCGGCGGGCGAGCGGCUGGUGCUGGCCGACAGCCUGGGCCCGCUGAGUGAGAACCUGUUCAUGCGGCUCGAGUCGGAGCGGCGGCGCGGCGCGCGGCGCGGCGCGGGCGCGGGCGCGGGCGCGGCGGGGGCGCGGCCGGUGCAGCAGCUCCUGGAGCUGUACCGCCGGGUGCCGGGCGUGCGCACCAUCCGCGCCGACAACAUCCUCAUCAUCGAGUCGCUGCCCGGCUUCCCGCCCGCCGCCCCCGACCCCGCCGCCGGCCUGGCCGCCCGCAUCCGCGCCGCCGAGGUGCUGGUGUACGAGGCGCCGCCGUCGCCCGGCCGCGUCAGCCGGCUGCUCCAGAAGUUCGACCCGCCGGCCGCGCCGCGCCGCCGCGGGAGCCCGGAGCGCGGCCGCCCGCCGCCGCCGCCGCCGCCGCCCCAGCUGCCCGGCCUUGGCCCGGCCGCCCCGCGCCCGGGCGAGCGCGCCGCCUGCCCGGAGCCCGAGCGCCGCGGCCCGGGGCCCGGCGCCCGGCGCAGCGACUUCGUGCAGAAGACCGGCAGCAACUCGUUCACCGUCCACCCUCGGGGCCUGCACCGCGGGCCGGGCGCUCGCCCGCUCCCCAACGGGCCCGCCGCCCCGGAGCCCCCGGCCGGCGCUGCCAACGGCUUCGCGGGCUCCGGCCCAGGGCCCGGCGGGCACAAGCCAAAGGUGGAGUCGGGGGAGCCUCCCGCCCACCCGCCCCCCAGCCCCCGGACCCCCAGUGCCACUCCCGCCUCGCCCCCGGCCUUGCCCAGGCCCAGCCCCGCCAGUGCCACUCCCAGCCAGCGCCACUGGGUCUCCUCGGCCACCAGCGCCAACGACUCCUUCGAGAUCCGGCCGGCCUCCAAGCCAGACAUGGACACGAUUCCCGCGGGGGACCUGCAGGCCCGGGCCCUGGCCAGCCUCCGUGCGAACUCCCGCAACUCCUUCGUGUUCGUCCCCAAGCGCAAGGCGGCCGCAGCCCCUCCGCCCCCGGGGAGGCAGCCUGCGAGGCAGCCAGCGGGACCGGCUGCAGGGGCCGCCCAGCGCGGAGCCCAGCUGGCGUCCGGGGCUGCUGGCGCACCCGCCCAAGAGGGGGGCCCCUGGAGGGCCCAGGAAGGGGCCUGCCCCCGGCCGGCCACUGCCCUCGUGGACCAGGUGGCUCGCUGGCAGCGGCCGUCCUCGCCGCCCCCCUCCUUCCCGGCGGCCGCCGAAGCCGAGCCUUCCCAGGGCUCCGGGGGUCCCGGCGCGGCCAAGAACGGCGGGGAGCCUGGCAGGCCGGGGCUCCCCGUCACUUUCAUCGACGAGGUGGACUCUGACGAUGAGGCCCCCCAAGAAGCCAAACUGCCCUGCCCGGGGGCCGGCGUGCCUCCCCAGCACCGCCCGUCGGAGCGCCCGCACCACGGCGGCGGCAGCACCUUCACGGUGGUGCCCAAGCCGAAGCCCGGGGCCCUGCAGGCCGGCGGGGAGCCGGGGCCCCCCGAGGCUGAGGAAGCGGAGGGGGAGCGCGGCCUGGGGACCGCGCCCAAGAAGCGCUACCCCACGGCGCACGAGAUCCAGGUCAUCGGCGGCUACCUGGCCCUGCAGAAGUCCUGCCUCACCAAGGCCGGCUCCUCCAGGAAGAAGAUGAAGAUCUCCUUCAAUGACAAGAGCCUGCACACCACAUUUGAAUACCCAUCGGAGAGCUCCCUGGUGCAGGAGGCCGCGGUGGAAGCCGAGGGCGAGGAGGCGGAGGAGGAGGAGGAGGAGGGGGAUGGCUUGAACGGGGCGGUGGAGAAGCCCUUUGCGCUCUUCCUGCCCCGCGCCACCUUCGUGAACAGCGUGGCGCCCGACAGCCCUCGCCUGCCAGACGGCAGCUCAGGCCUGUCCAGCUACACUCCCAAGCACUCCGCGGCCUUCAGCAAGUGGCAGGAGCAGCCCCUGGCACAGGCCCCGCGGGAGGUGGAGUCCUCGCCUAAGGAGGUCAUGCUCACCCCCGCCAGCCACAAUGACCUCUCGGACUUCCGCAGCGAGCCAGCCCUGUACUUCUGA